GAGAGAGAGAGAGAGGGGGAGAGAGAGAGAUUGGGAGGAGGAGAUAGAGGUAGACAGAGACACGACAGGCUCCGACAAACUGACGUUCAGGAGAACUAAAACGUAGCACCUAAUAAUCUUUAUAGAAACGACACUGACAACAUUAAACAACGGUUCAGAUUUCAGAACAAAAUCCACAAAGCCAAGCUAAAUGUGAUUUUAUUUUGUAAGAUUAACGGUGAAUUUAUACGCCUAACUAGACGAAUGGAAUUUGAUACAUGGGCAAUUACGCACAUAAAAAUGAAACAUUUUAGCAGCUAGUUUGAUUACUACAUUAUUUAUUCUUAUUGUUGUUCUUAGGACUUCCUUGUAGACGACGAGUUUGUUUAUGUCCUGUUUUCAAACAUACAUGGAUAUUUUGGAGCCGAGCAAUUAAACAAUAGGGAGCUUUUUUUUAUAUCCUAAUAUAAAUACGAGACUGUACAUCGUUUAUGCCCGAUCGAAAUAUUUACACCACUGUUUGCCUUUUUGCAGGGUUCACAUGAUCAAUAUCUUUCGUCUCCACAGCACAACAAGCCGUCUCGUGUCUGGACACCCACAUUUUUAGACCUGCUUCUGAACGGGUCAGUUUGCAAGAGCAAGCUGUCACAACCACACUUGGGCGGUCUACUUUCUCCUUUGUCAUGUUCACGAUGGACCAUGAUGGACGCCACAUGCAUUAGGAUAAGUUCUAGUUUCUGAUGUGUUUUGCAACUGUCUCUACGUCUCUUGGGUUCAAGGAGAAAUUUUAAUGUGCAGUGUAGUUUUGGAUGCCUAGUGGAAAUACGCAACAAAAUCAGGAUUUGUUCACUUAUGUUGUGGGCACUCGUGUUGUCUGGGCGACGGUUUAGAGAACACAGCAACUUCAUUCUUACUCUGGAAUCUAACUGCGACCUCAUGUCUGACCUAACAUUGACAUUGCCUGAUAAGGCCAACACAGUCAAAUUCCCCUUCUGUUUUAUCAGAUAGUGUGCUCUAAGAUAAGAAGAUAAGAAAGCGGCAUAUGUGAUCAGAUUUGCAUUAAACGACUUCAUAUUAUAGUGUUGUCAAAGUUACGAGAUAACCCAGCUUGACUGUUUGUAAGUUAUAUCUUUUUUUUUCUUGUUGCACGCGCUGUGUGAGAUAAGACGUGUACAAUCCCGGAGUAGGAUAUUCUGACACAUUUUCUUUACCUAAUGGAAAGUCCGUGUGUUGUUUGUUGUGCAAGUGUCUCUGCGUAAUUGGACACAGUUUCUAUGUGAGACAGCUGACUUUUACUCGGAGCUAUAUUAAGUAAAAAGAGACGCUGUAACCUCGACCGUCAUCUAAACUCCGAGGCGGUAGCUGUCGUCAAUAUGGAACUGAACCCAACCCUCCCAUUUAAUGGGGGACCGCUCUUCCGCCCCGAUCUCUUCAAUUUGAGUAAUUACAACAGCUCUUUGGACGCAUCUUCUGCUAAUGGAGCCAGUGGAGUGUUGAGUUCCAACAGCAGUGUCGGUGACAGUGGCAUCAACAGCACAGCUGCGCCUUCCAACUGCACGGACGGCUGUGGCGAGAACAGAUAUAUCCUGCCAUGGUGGCAACAGUCCAUCUUCAUCACCAUGUUCGUCCUCAUGUUCAUCAUCGCAGCCGGGGGCAACAUCAUAGUCAUUUGGAUCGUUUUGGCGCACAAGCGCAUGCGCACGGUGACCAAUUACUUCCUGGUCAACUUAGCCAUCGCCGAUGUGAUGAUCUCCAUCUUCAACGUUCUCUUCCACUUCACAUUCAACUUAUAUCAGGACUGGUUCUUUGGUCUGGAGUAUUGCAAGUUCGCGUUCUUCAUAGCUUCUUGCACCAUCUCGGUCAGCGUGCUUACCUUCAUGGCCAUUGCGAUAGAUCGAUAUAUCGCCAUCAUCCACCCUCUACGUCCGAGACUGACAGGCCGUAUAGUCCUGACCAUCAUCACCAUCAUCUGGCUCAUGUCCAUCCUGUUGGCAUUGCCCAACCUGCUCUACGCCACCAUGUAUCGCUAUGACAACGGACGACACGUGUGUUACCUGCAUUGGCCCGACUCUGUGGCAGGGGAGGCUAGUCAGCAGGAUCUGGCGUACAACAUCUUGCUGAUGGUGGUCAACUACUUUGUUCCCAUGAUCACACUGGCCGCGACCUACUUACGGAUUGGCUGGGAGCUGUGGGGAAGCCAGGCCAUUGGCGAGGCAGUGCCCAUGCAAGCUGAGAGGAUCCGAAGCAAACGGAAGGUGGUAAAGAUGAUGAUUGCCGUGGUAGUCAUCUUCGGCGUGUGCUGGCUGCCGACUCAUCUGUACUUCAUCCUGAGCAGCAUCCACAAAGACAUCGCCUUCCUGCCGUAUGUACAACAGCUGUAUCUGCUCAUCUACUGGCUGGCCAUGUCCAACAGCAUGUACAACCCCAUCGUCUACUGUUUAAUGAACGCCAGAUUCCGCCAGGGAUUCCUCCGUUUCUUCCGCUUUUGCCCAUGUCGCGCGUGCCGGCGGCGCCACCAUCUGCUGGUCAUGGAGCGAGGCUUCUACAGCACGCGCAUGUCUCUGGGCAGUGAGCGAGGGGAGAAGAACGGCUCCCUCCUCCACACGACCGUGGAGAGCCUGGACGACCACGUGAGCACGCCCACGGCCUCCAUGUACCGCAUGCACCCGAUGUCCACACGGGGGAGGAAUAACCACCACAUCCAGAGGGACCUCUGAGUCCAACAAGCUCGAGAACCGUUAGAAGAAUACGACUUUAUGGAAGUCGUGACUACUACUCCCUUGUUUUCUAUUGGCCACGAGUCAGAUUGGUCGUCACCACAGACGUAUCUGAACACCCCCAGUGUUGUGAUCACCUGUUGGUGCUGGGGACAACCUUGACAAUGACGUCAGACUUGAUGUGGCCAAUGGCCCUACAGACCGUACUGAAGUCUUGAUAACUAGAAUGUUAUAGGUACUCAGUAUUGGUCGAAGACGUCUACAGAAGAAUAGACCCUGGGAUCUCGUCUUUUCUGCUUACUCAUCAGGGUAAAGAAAAUGAGACAGCCCCUGACGCUCUCAUGUUUGUCUUGUCGUUUACUACUGUGAAUAAUUUAUUGACGUAAUACUAGCAGUCAACAGUAGUAACCUGGUCCAAUUUCAUGCACUGAAAAUGGAGGCAAGGGAUUUACCUCUUUUAACCAUUAUGACUGUUAGCUACUCUAUAUUGAGAAUAAUGGGACACUUGUCGUGUAUUCAUCAUUAUAUUCUUGUCGUUACUAAAUAAGAGCAGAUAAUAGUCGCUCCUAUUUGGUCAAAUCUGUAUAUUUUGUUUGUCAAAUGGACGGGGGAAAUCCUAGUUUGAUUGUGAUUUGAUUACUAUUCAUAUUUGUUUCUUGCUACUGAACUAUGAUAGUGUUCUCUCUUGUACAGCAUUAUGCGCACUGUUUUGCUCGACUCAUUUCCAAGACAAGAAAGCGAUAUAUUUAUGAACUUUUCUUGAAAUGUACGUGAAUUUCUUUUUAGUCUAAGUAAAAGAACAAUCUGGAGUACUUUUACACAGGACGAGAUUAUUUUGAUGAAAUAAGAUAUCUUUCUUAUGGCUUUAUUUUCCCCGACGGGAAAGUGUCCUUGCAAAAGAUUUUGCAUUCAGAGUUGAAUGUCAGAAAGCAAGUCAGUCAAACCCAAAACAUAAUCAUAAUGUAUAUAAUUUUGUUAUGAAACGUACAUAUCGUUAGUACUCUGUUGAGGUGUUCUAAGUCCAGAAAACAUUUUUUUUCAAAAGAGAGGAAAUAUUGAUUUAUCCUUUUAGAAAUGGUACUUAUAUUCUGUACCUUUUCUUGCUUUUUUCAAUAUCACCUCUGAAAAAAAAAAUCAUUUCUAGAGCAUAUGCAGCCAAAGACGCCAAAGAUUAAGAAACUGCAAUAUGCAAAUUAAAAUUUUGGUCUCAGGACAUUAUUUGUACCGUUGGUUGACAAUAAAAUAAACAAUCAUGUCGGGUGUUAUGGAGAUUUAUACCACUAAAUCGAACGAAAGCCCAGGUCCUAUUUCUUUUAUACAGUUUUAGCACAAGUUGUAUUUUGAAGUGUGAGUGGCGAGGUGUUACUUUGAAAAAUUCAACUUAGCACUUUCAAAAGAGUGGCAACUAACAUAGUGGAUAUGGCGGAAACCUCGGAGCGACCCUAUUGAAACCAACACUUUAAUCAUCUUUUUUCACCUCUCAUUUGUUAUCGUCCUCACUUUGGAUAACUAGACAGGAAAAGCGUUUUGAGAGCUCCACAGACUUCUCGAAAUGACGUGUUCCUUCUUUCACAUUUAGUGCAACACACGCAGGGUCUUGAUGGCUGGCCAUCAUGUUUUCCCACAACCUUAGGCUCAUCGGGUCGUACAGCAGAGACCGACUCCUUCAGUUUGGUUGCGAGUCUGUCUAUUUUUGUCGUCCAGGUUGUUGGUUGUGACAAUGCGAAGUUGAUGCUGUUUUUGUAGUUGUUGUUGUUG